AAUGCCGUUGAUGAGCUCACAGAGGAGCUGGGCCGUGCCCGCGGGACGCUCUCUGCGGCUGCACCGCCUGCACCGCGUAGCGGCGAUGCAGCGCCGGGAGAUGACCUGGUCGCUGCCGGGCUGCAGCGCAGAACAGGCAUGAUCUUGGCAGCAAAGGGCGAGACCGACUUCUACCUCAAGGAAGAGCUGCUGCGCCAGCAAUUUAUCAAGGAAGAGCUCGAUCGGAUGCGCGACGAGCUCACCCGGCCCGCUUCCGCGGCUCUUGUGCGCCCUGUGCCGGCGAUGGCGGAGCGAGCGCCGCAACCGAGGGAUCCCAUCGUCCCCCCUGCACCACCCGAGGAGGCGCCCAGUAAAGCUACAAAAUUGAAUCUAUGCAAGCUGUUCUGUUCGGUGGAGUUUCUUCCGGAGUUCAGGCUGGUGAAGUUAUUGUCAGUGGGCCGCAGACUGCAGAGGUUUUGGGACCCUUGA